CCGGUUUGAUACAGUCUCGGCUCCGGAUAAUCCGGUGCCACGUGCGCGAUCCGAUCGGCGGCACACGAUACGAGAAAAAAGGGGGCCGAAGAACGACGCCGUUCAACCGGACCUGCCACAAGAUAAUUGUUAAAAGUAUAUACAGCGAUUCCGGCACAUAAAUCUAAUGUAGUGUCAAUUAAUCAAGCAAUAAACAGUACAAAUUGAUGCACAGUCAAUAAAUCGAAACAGAAGACGAAAACAAGGAAAGAUGGCUUUCGCAGCGGCCCGCAUGAUAUUAAAAGACAAAAGGAGGAAACCGUCGAGGGAGGAGUUCGUGCCGAGGAACAGGAGCAAGGCGCGCAGUGGCAGCGCUAGUAGCUAUAGAAGUCUGAGUCAGGCUAGGAAUAAGCCUGCCGAUGGGAGCACGAUCGCGUCUCAGAAGUUGCAAGCUGGCCAAAGGACUCCUACGCACGGGCCUAAGAACGCGGCCGGAAAACCGACGGGUAAACCGGGCCAGAAGCCUGUCGCCGCACAACAGAAAGGCCAGCCCAUCAAGCAGGCUCCGGCUAAAGUGGCCGCAGCUGCCGCCACCAAAAAUACCAAGAAGACAAAGAAAGGCAAGCAUCACCAACACGAUCUGUUGGUCACCAUUGAUCUGAUUGAAUAUGGACUCUCAGAGGACCAAGUUGCCGAAUUCAAGGAGGCAUUCAUGCUCUUCGACAAAGAUGAAGACGGGCAAAUCACUAUGGCCGAAUUAGGAGUCGUCAUGAGAUCACUGGGACAAAGACCUACAGAAACUGAAUUAAGAGAUAUGUUAAAUGAGGUAGACGUCGAUGGUAACGGAACAAUCGAGUUCAAUGAGUUCCUUCAAAUGAUGUCGAGAAAAAUGAAGGAGGCCGACGGUGAAGAAGAGUUAAAGGAAGCGUUUAGAGUUUUCGAUAAGAACAAUGACGGCUUGAUCUCUUCGACUGAGCUGCGACACGUGAUGACCAGUCUUGGGGAAAAACUUACGGAGGAAGAAGUUGACGAUAUGAUCAAAGAAGCUGAUCUUGAUGGUGAUGGCCAAGUUAAUUAUGAAGAAUUUGUGUCCAUCCUCACAUCAAAGAAUUAGUUCGUAACUUCGGAUUCGGUGGUCCAAUAUAACUGUUCAAGAACUGCUUGGUAACUACAUAACUAAUAUAUGCAGCUGUAAUUUAAAUUUAUAUACAUAUAGCACUGCUUUUUCUUCAAAUUGUACUCUACUCUAAAUUUUCUUAAACAGGGUGAAAUCUUAUAACGUAUAUUUACUAUAAAUAAUUUCUAUAUAUGCACAAAUAUGACAGCCGUACAUAUUCAUAAAUAAUGACAAUAUAUUGUUCAUCUUAAUUUCUAUCUCCUAUAAAUGGACAUAAGAACGGACUGUCAGGUAUAAAUUGAUAUUUUGUCAAUUUUUAGGAAUCAAAAAAUUAUAUUUUCACUUCAGAGCUGUAGUUUCCUACUAGAAAAUUAUAUUAAAUAAUCGUAUAUGAAUGUCCUAAUUUUAUAAGAAAUUAUUUUUAGUAAAUUUUUGUAAAAGAUUAACUAACAAUCUCAUCUCUUCUAGUUUAUCGAAUAAUUGUUUAUAGGGUUAAUGCAUGUAUAAACGAGAUUAAUAAUAAUUAAACAAAUCUUUUUCAGAUGUUUGUUUGAUAGUAAAAUGUUUUAAUUAGUAAAUAUAUUAUAAAUUUUUAUAUAUUAAUUUAAUUUUUAUUUUAGAAGUUAUAUACGCAAAAAAAAUUGAAACCUUUUUGGACAAAGUGAUCGUUCAUAUAAUAAAAAAUAAAAUCAAAGGCCUCGUAAUUCAAUUAUCUUUGCGUAAACUUUUUAUCAAGAUUAAAGAAAAUUUCUGUCUUCCAUCUAUAAUUGUAUCAUUCAUUAGAGGAUGUAGAAGAGUCCGAAGCCCGAAAUUUUAUUUUCUUGCAAAUUAACCUUUCCAAAUUAUUAAAUCUAAUAUUUAGAUUUAAAAUUUUAGAAAUGGAUUUUUUUAUUUCAUAAACAAUGGAUUUAAUAGAACUAUGUUCUAAAAAUUUAUAUGUUUAUAUCACAUGUUUAAAGACUGAGUUAUAGUCACAAUUUAUGUAAAUAACUAUAAUGAGGAAAUCAUUUACUUUACCUUUAAUUCAUAUCAUGAGAUGCAACAUUAUUCUUUAAUCAAUUAAUGUGAAUUUAUCCAACAAUAUGUGUGCUAUGUGUAAUGUUGAAUCUCAAUUUCUCAUUCUAAUAAUGAAAUUAUAAUGGAAAUUAUAACCUAUUUAAAGGAUUUGUAAUAAUUUUUAUUAGAGAAAAGGAUGAGUGUAUCCAUCUAUACAUAUGUUGUUUAGUUUUAGUAAUAAUAUAUAAGACAAGUACCAAUUGAAAGAUUUGAA